UUUAUGGGAACACAAGGGCAUAUAUGGAAAUUUAAGUAUCUUUAUUUUGACAAAUGCUCACUGAGACGACUAUAGCAUAUACUUUCAUAUUGAUUUAGCACAUAUAACGAUCUCUGCAAUUUUAUUGCACAUAAAUAUUCAGGUUUGAAACUUAAUGCUUCUGGCAUUUUAAAUACAUCGUGCAUUAUCAUCGGGCAGAGAAAGAUCGUAGUAGAUGCCCCUUCUGUGGAGCCAUUCUUUCUUAGAGUUGUGGAUGAUCUCAAAUAAUGUAAGACAUUUCUUUGGAGAAGAUUGUAUUGUGAACACAUGCUAGAGAGAUUUCAUACACAAUGUCUCAUUUUGGUGGGGUUGUUAAGAAAAGUGUGAUAUGGCUGAUUCCAAGUUUUUGUAUUCUUAGAGAGGUAAGUUUUGUAAGUGUAAUUUGGUAGCACUAGUUAAUCUUGCUCUUUACCAAUUUGUAAUUUUUUCACAUUAAUUGAUAUUAUAAGGUACUGUCUUCAUUAUCUAACAAUAGUAAUGUUUUAAUAGAUUGAGAAUCAGAAUAUAUCUUAUGUCAUAUCCGGUGAUCCCGUCUGGCCAGAUUAUUUUCUUCAAAAUACAUUUUCUUUCCGAAGUAGUGUAACCUAGUGAUCAAAUUUUAAAUGUUUUUAUGAUAUGUUUGGGGUUCGAUUUCCAGAAAAUGCAAAAUUUUAAAAUAUUGUAGGAUACAAAACAUAUCGAAAGUUUUAGAGUUUUAUAGGUAAAACCGUUUGUAAUUUUUGUGUGCUAUGAAGAAAUCAUGUUCAUCAAAAAUGUUAUACAUGCAAAACCGUCCAUCGAUCUGAGUGUUACAAAGAAAAUUACAUCAUGAAAUCGUGGUUCGUGAAUUUAUUCGUCAAUAUCGCAUAUUUACAAGUAGUUGAUCUUCAUAAAAUAUAAAAAUUAAAAUAAUAUAAUGAUGUAAUUAACUUUUUGACCAGUAUAAAAAAACAUUUAUCCUUCUUUACUCUUCAGUGGAUUAAAUUUUUAUUCGUUAUGGUCAAGAUCAUUUCUGAGUUAUCCCAUAUUUUCUUAUGAAUAAUAAAUCUUUGCUUUUAUUACUAAAAAUCAAAAAGAUAAUUUUUAAUAUUAUCUUUCAAAAUUUUUUCUAGAAAGUAAAGUCAGUAUAAGAAUAAAAUGGGCUAUCAUAUAAUUUCAAUUUUUUUCUUUUAUCUUAAAUAAUAAUCUAUAUAUUAAAGUGUAAAAAUUAUUAAAAUAUAAAUGUGUAUAUUUUCGAUGUCAGUCUCCAUUAAGUUUCAUAUAAAUAAUGAUUGUAAAAUAUCAUUAGGUUAAUGCAUUCUGAUUGUAAUAUACAUCCAAUAUAAUUCUACUUUUGAAUUUUUCUAUGCAUUUUAUUUUUUCUGUUUAUGUAUUUUUAUCUAGCUUGCAACUUAUAUUCUUGAUUAUUUUGAAGGAAUAUAUUUCUUAAAUUUUUGAAAAGAUUUACUUCUAAGAAUAAUCAUCUAAUUGGAUUAAGUACAUCCCCUAUAUGCGAUUUUCAGAACUACAUCUAUGAUUUGUAAGUAUAUAAAUAUGUCAUAAACAACACAUACAUAGACACAAUAACUUACAAUCAAUCAUCUGAUAUCAACAUUUUUUUCUUUUGAUAAUGAAAUCAUCUUAUCAUCCUCACAUAAUGGAAAUCAUAGUACGUGUUGUGUUCGUGGUGACGGCAGUCAAUUUUGGAUUUUUAAAUGGCCAAGUCUAUGAUGUUCUUAAAUUUGGUGCUAAGGGAGAUGGUACUACCGAUGAUUCAGAGGCGUUUGUAGAAGCAUGGAAAGCUAUGUGCAGUAGUGGUGGGAGUAAUAAAACCCUCCUUAUUCCUUCAGAUAAUACAUUUUUACUACAACCUCUAGUGUUUCAAGGUCCUUGUAACUCUCCAUCUGUACAAGUUCAGUUGGAAGGAAAGAUUGUCGCCCCUAUUAACAAAGCAGCAUGGUCAGACUUUAAGUCAUACGAAUGGGUCAGUUUUAAUAAAAUCAUCGGUCUAACGGUCCUUGGUUCAGGAACAAUCAAUGGACGUGGUUCAUCUUUCUGGGAGGCCAAUAUGCCAGCUUCUAAACGCCCUACUCAAUUGUAUUUUGAAGGAUGCAAUAAUCUUGAAAUAAAUGGAAUAGCCUCACUCGAUAGCCCGAGAAACCAUAUCUCAAUCCACAAUUGCACACAAGUGAAAAUUACGCAAAUAAAACUUAUUGCGCCUGGUGAUAGUCCUAACACCGAUGGAAUUGAUAUUUCAACAUCAACUGAUGUAGAAAUAUAUGACACUAUCGUUGGAACUGGAGAUGAUUGUGUAGCUUUAAACAGUGGAAGUAUAAAUAUCAACAUCACAAGGAUGCAAUGUGGUCCUGGACAUGGAAUAAGUGUGGGAAGCUUAGGAAAAGAUGGAGAAGAAUCUAUAGUUGAGAACGUCCAAGUGACCAACUGCACUUUCAAUGAGACGAACAAUGGAGCGAGAAUUAAGACAUGGCCGAAUGGAAAAGGAUAUGCAAGGAAUAUAGUUUUCAUGGAUAUCACGCUCACUGAAACCAAAAAUCCAAUUAUAAUCGAUCAACAGUAUAUAGACAAGGGACGUAUUGACGUAGAGGAAUCAUCAGCAGUGGCGAUUAGCAACGUGACAUUCACGGAUUUUCAUGGAACGUCAGGACAAGAUGAGAUUAUAAAGAUAGAUUGCAGCGAAGUCACAUAUUGUAAAGAUAUUGUUCUAGAUAGAAUUAAUAUUACUACGGUGGAUGGAAAUAAGCCAAUAGUUGAAUGCAGUAACGCAUAUGGAAAUUCGACCAAUGCUUAUGAUGGUUGCUUGAAGACACAAUAGUAUAUCUUUUUAUAUCAAAUAAUUGUAUUUAUAAAUUGGGAAUAAUUUAUCAGAUGAAUGUAAUAUUAUAUUAUCAUUUAUCAACUAUUAUGUAUUCAUGAUUGAAUAAAAUGUUUUAUGUGUUAGAUCAUGUUGGUUUAUUCAUGAUGAUGGUUGAUACGAUCAAGCAUUCUAAUUUUUGGUGUGUAGAAAAUUAUAAAACCAGAUGAAGAAAAAGGAAACUAAAAUCGAAAGACAAGUGUAAAUAACUCGCAAACAUGACCAUGAGUAAUAUUUUUAGAAUGAAACACACAUUCAUUCUCCGGAGGUUUACUUCCAUAUGAUUGUAUAGGUGACUAAUGAUGGGAUUAAAAUGGUUUUGGUCAACAAAACUUAGGUUUUUUUUAUUUAAAUAAAUUUAAAAAAUUCAUAAAAUAUUUUCUUAAUUUUAAAUAAAAUAAGCAAUAAAUAUGACAGUGAAGAAAAGAAAAAAAGACAAUUAAUAAUAUAUUAAACUUAAAACUAAAAUUCUUUAUAUUUAUUUACAUAUUUAUAUCAAGAUUAUAUUUCAUAAACACUUUUUAUUCUUAAAUUUUCACAUAUAAUGGGAACUUAUAUGCAAAAUAAAAUGAUGAUUUUUGCCUUUUGUUGGUAUAAAAAAUUAAUUUUUAACUUUUAAAAUAAAAUAGAUAUCUCCAAAAUAAAAUAAAUAUGGCAUCAUGGACUUAUGAUUCCCACCCUGGACUAUCAAUACAACAAGAUAGGUUAUCUAAUAAUAUCAUGACUAUGUGAAGAUACGCGCCUUGCAAGGGAUGAAGACGCAUAAUGAAUAUUAUAUAUACAAAUUACUUUUACAUAUUAUUAUUUAUUUUGUGUUCAUUACAUAUUAUAAAAUUAUAAAUAUAUUGAAUAAUUAAGAAGGAAGUAACUAUAUUAUGUAUAUAAUAAAAUUGGAGUAAUCACAUAAAUCAAAAUAAUCCCUCUUGUUUAUUUUUGAAUAAUGUUUAUUGCUAAAUAAAUAAAAAUAAUCAUUUAAUUUAUUUUAUAUGUUAUAUAAUUAAAUUUAAAUGAUAUUGACAUAGAUAUAUAGUAUAUUUUAAUAUGGAGAAUUAUUAAUUAAGGCUUCCUACUCAUAUAAUUUUAUUAACAUUUGUAUGUUAUCAAAUCUUUAUAUUUUAAAUCAUUAUUUGUCAUCUAUAUAUAAUCUUUACGUUAAUGAUUAUAUAUAGUGUGGGAAGUUUAGGAAAAGAUGGAGAAGAAUCUAUAGUUGAGAACGUCCAAGUGACCAACUGCACUUUCAAUAAGAUGAACAAUGGAGCGAGAAUUAAGACAUGACCGAUAAUAAAUCUUUAAUUAUAUAUUUCUCCUUUUUUUUGUACAACAGAUGGAUAAUUUUAAUUAUAUUUGUCCAUAUAAUAAUUAAAUGAAGUGUUAUAAUAAUGAUAGGAUUUGUUUUACUUAUUUGUAUUUAAUUUAAUGUUUAGAAUGGAAAAGGAUAUGUAAGGAAUAUAGUUUUCAAAGAUAUCACGCUCACUGAAACCAAAAAUCCAAUUAUAAUCAUUCAACACUAUAUAGGCAAGGGACAAAUCGACGUAGAUGUAAAUUCUUUUCUCUCUGUAAAAUGUAAAACCUUUAAGUGGAAUUUAGUUUUUAUUUUAUUUUUUACUUAAUAGGAAUCAUUAACAGUGGCGAUUAGCAACGUGAAAUUUAAGGAUAUUCAUG